CUCUGCUUUUUCGAGCAAGGACACUCGCUAUUUGACGUCGGUUGUUUGUACGGAAACAUCCGGCGUCGCUCAUAGCUCUCAGUAGGCCCCUGGACUGCCAACUAUACUAUGCACGUGAAGCCACCAGUCUCCCUUCACUCCUCUUCCAACUCACGAAUUCUGAAACUUUCAUUUUCCCAACUUGCUCGUUUCUCUUUAAGAACUCUCUUUUAUCAACACUGCAACGAGUCUCGCUCUUCAGAGCAUCCACCAGCGAUGGACCCAAUCCAGCAGUACUCCGUGGGCAACCCCGGAUCCCCAUCUACGGUGAUCUCACCGAAUCCCCCUCCUCGUCGUGGAAAGGUUCUAGUCUCUUCAAGCCGGGCUACCCCAGUGAAGAAGGCUGCUCCUGCCAAAAUCAGCCCAGCAAUGCAACGUGUUUCUGCAAGCCCCGUGACUCCUGCGAAAGGGAGCCCCAAGAGAAAAGCAGGAGACGCUCACGGUCCCGGAGAAGGUUCUCCAACUCCAAAGUCCUCUAAGGCUUCUCCGACUAAGCGAGCUCGCCCGGCUCCUGUCAUCAUCAAAUAUCAUGGCUCAGAGUCUCGUGCCCGUUCUUGGCGUGACUCACCUCCUGAUUCCCAUCUUGAUCGAGUAGAUCGGAUCAACGCAUCGCGCAUGUUUAUUGUCGGCCAGCAAAUCCGGGAAACUGACGAAGUUCCCGAGUUUUACUUUGACAUUGUCGGCUCCACCGGCAAUAUCUACAAGGUCAAGAUCGGGAAGCUGCCCUCUUGUGACUGCCCAGAUGCCCUGUUCCGUGCCCGUGGCGAGUGUAAACAUAUUAUCUAUGUCCUCCUCAAAGCCCUCAACGCUCGUCCUGAGCUUCGAUACCAGAUCUCCUUUGUGCCAUCGGAGCUGCGCGAAAUGUACGAAGGCUCCUUGAUGAGCAUGUUUGAGGGGAAUAGCACCGAGGACCACGAUCAUGAUGGCAAACGCAAGCCUCUAGAGGGUGCCUGUCCCAUCUGCUUCAUGGAUUUUGAGGCCAAGGACAAGACGGUCUGGUGCCAGACGGGCUGUGGGAACAAUGUUCACGAAGUCUGCUUCAAAAAGUGGGCUAGCGUUUCGCUCAGCAGUCAAGGCUCCAUCCGCUGUGUUUACUGCCGCACCAAUUGGCCAACCCCCGGGUCCAACCCCAACGUCGAGAAUCUCCGAAAGAACGGCACCAUCGGGCGAGAGGGCUAUGUCAAUGUCGCAGAGCAGUUUGGCCUGUCGCCGAAACGCGUCUCUUCCGUGUACUCCUCUUCCUCAACUGCCCAACGAUCGCGCUCCUCUGGGCAGCCGCAUGAUGAUGUUGAGCCUCCAUCAAAUUAGGCCCGUCGCCUUGAUUCCGCAUGCUUACUCUGGUGCUACCGAUACGACAUGAAUUACGAUGGGUGGUGGCGUUUCAGGGCA